CAAACUCACCAUUCUAGUGUACGUAGCCACCGUCAAUGUUUGCAACGUACAUCUGUAAUACUUCAUACACACAUGUGGGUCCCGCUUUGUACCACCACUCUGACUUUCCCUCUUUGAGGCCUAAAGUCAGGACAGAUUCGGCGCUGACUGGUACUCACUACACCAGUCAUGGGGCUACUUCAUGCUGUAUUGCUGGUAGCCGCUGUACUGGCCCAAGACAUCGCUCUAGUUACAGGCUCCAAGUCCAAGGUUCCAGCGUCUGACGCCGCUCUAUGGGACGCGACGCCCACGACACGUACGAGCAAUAGCAAGCGCCUUCUACGGAUAGCAGAGGUAAAGAAUCAAGACGACAACCACACUGACUCCUCAAAUGUGGCAUGGCUAUCCCGGAGCAAUUUUACAGCGUCUGACGAAGAAGACAGAGGGAUCUUGCCGUUCAGCUCCGUGAUGAAAUACAAGAAACUGGUGAAGGAUAAGAGUAUCAGGACUACAAUUACCAAUUUUCUGGACGGUAACAAGAAGAAGUCGUCUCUACCAAAACUGCGCGCGCUCUUAUUGAGAAGUCUGCCCCCUGAGCAAGCGGCCGAACUGAUAUUCUUGAAGAUGCCCAAGAAUGUACCGAAGCCGUUGCCAUCAAAACUACCGAAGGGUGUCAAAGGUUUCGAUUUCAAGAUUCCAGGAAUAUCAAACGCAAUUAUUCGGUUGAAGAUGGAAAUCUGGUUUUAUUACAGGUUCCCUCCGACCUACGUUUUCAAGGAGUUAGGGCUCGUAGGAAAAGGUGCCGACGAUGUACUCCACGCUCAGGAAAACUACAAGUAUUUCUUGUCGUAUUUUAAUGCGUGGUAUAAAGAUCAAGAACACUUGAUUUUCUAGCGGUGGAAGCUUGAUAUCUUAACUUAAUCAACGCAUUGUUAGAAUAUUGCUGGUGCA